CCUCCCCGCUUCCAGAGAAUAAGGAAGUAAACAAGAUCUCUCAGAGACUUUGUAAACAUUUGAUUUCCAUCCCUGGAGGGCGUUUUGCUUUUCUCCGCUGCCUCGUCUUUCUGUCCAGAAGAUGUCCAAUAAAGCCAAAAUACGAUGUUGGAGUUGGGUUGUCUUGGCAGCGUUGGUGUGCCACGAGUUUUCUCAUUUCCGAGUCGCGUUGGCGAAGAAAGAGCGAAAGAAGUUGAAAGAGCCCAACCAGUACACUGAACCGCUCAACACGACGCUUUCCAACAGUGAAGAACUCCAUGGCCACUCCAAGAUGCUAGAAUCCCCCGACCCCCGCAUCACCGACCCGCGUCGGACGUGGAUCUCAUUUGUACAGCGUCCCGGUGACGGCAGCAGCUCCAAAAAGAAAUGCAAGGGGAAAGAUAAGAAAUUACGAGGGCUCAUCGGGCCUCCAGGUCCCCCAGGCCCUCCUGGACCCCCCGGCGCUCCUGGUGCUGCAGUCACCCAAGAAGUCUUAUUGCAGGAAUUUAAAGAGAUGUUAAAAGAAGCCACUGAACGGAGGUCCGUUCCGGCUCUGCCAGCCCAACCCAGCGAGGUCCCCCCUCUGCUGCUCUCCUUGGAGGAGCUGUCCCCCGAAAGGCAGGCGGAGGAGCUGAGCCCCUACAAGCGGGUGGAGGAGGCCUUCCACUGCAAACUCAAGGGGCAGAUAGUGGUGGACAAGAAAACCUUGAUGGAACUCCAGAACUUCCAGAUGCCCUUAGCCAAAGGAGCAUUCCUCCGAGGAUCUGGAUUAAACUUAACAACGGGGAGAUUUAUAGCAUCCAUCUCCGGCAUUUAUCAGUUUUCAGCCAACGUCCACAUUGACCACAGCGAGCUGAAAAGUAAACUGCAGCUUCGAGCAAGAGACAACGUUCGGGUACUGAUCUGCAUCGAAUCCCUUUGUCAUCGAUACACGUCUUUGGAAGUUAUUGCUGGCUUGGAGAGUAAUAGCAAGAUCUUCACUGUUUACGUCCAUGGACUGUUGCAGCUGCAGGCUGGACAGUACACCUCGAUCUUUGUAGACAACAGUGCCGGUGCGCCCGUCACCAUUCAGAACGGGUCCGAUUUCAUGGGGAUGUUCGUGGGCGUCUAA